AUGGCUGCAGAAUCUGAUGAAGAGCACUUUGUGCCAGCUUUGAUUGUGGUUGACAUGCAAGAAGACUUCUGUCCACCCAAUGGUUCUCUCGCCGUAAAGAAUGGCCGCUCAAUAGCUCCCUUGAUCAAUUUCCUCCUUUCUCAGCCGGGACUGGUCCUACGCAUCGCAACUCAAGACUACCAUCCAUCAAACCACAUCUCAUUCGCACCCAACCACCCAGCUCCAAAUAACCGUCCAUUCGAGUCAUUCAUCCAAAUGACAAACCCCAAUCCACCUCCAGGCCAAGAUCCGGAAACAAAGCCUCAGCAGCUCUGGCCCGUACAUUGUGUGCAGGAUACCCCCGGUGCAGAAUUUAUUCCCGAGAUUGACGCCGAUCGCUUCGAUCUGGUAAUCAAGAAGGGCAGACACUCGCUGGUCGAGAUGUAUUCUGCUUUCGCAGAUGCCUUCGGCAACAUCGAUCCCACUGUCACCAUGCAAUCUGUCGAUGUAGACAUAACAUCCGAGCUUCAAGCGAAGCGUGUGACAGAUGUCUUUGUGGUUGGACUAGCGGGAGACUAUUGCGUGAAAUGCACGGCUAUCGAUGCUUUUAAGGCUGGAUUCCGAAGCUGGCUCAUUGAAGAGGGAACCAAAUGCGUUGAUCCCACUGGCUGGAAUAAAGUCAAGGAAGAGCUGAGCAUUGCGGGCGUCUCGGUCAUCCAUUCAGAUGAUCCAGUACUGCAGAAACUUGCGGUCGCAGCUACAGUAGCGUAG